AGCUCCGCCCGCUGCGCCCACCUCCCGCGCGUAACCCGGAUACACACCCACUCCUCCCCUUUCACCUCUGUCUGCAGUUGGCUAACGUGGAAGCGAAAGACCCCGGCGGGCGGUGGGAACGGGACCCAGUUGCACCCCCUUCCUCCACUCCCUCCCGGCGUGUCGCGGAAACCUGGGAUGGGAACCACAGGCCCGGGAGGCCGCAGCGGCUGCAGACGCGGUUAGCUUAGCUGUGCAGCUCGGACUCGGGGGAAGGAAGGAAGGAAGGAGCUGCCUUUAUUGUGCCUAGGAAAACCGAGCUCGGGGUAGGGUGGGGGUGGGGGAGGACAAGGGGGACCCCUCCGGUUCCCUGCGGGCCCCUGCUGCUGGGGGGCUUUAGCUGCGUGGUCUCGGGGCGCUGCGGGGGCGCCAUGGAACGCUGCUGAUUGUCUCCGCGUUCCUAGCCUCCCGGGUCGGGAUCUUUCCCGCCCCGCUGUCUUCGGGAGGCAGCUGGGGAGCGGCCGCCUUCUCGGGCUCCAGCCAUGGCCCCCAUGGGCAUUCGCCUCUCCCCGCUCGGCGUAGCCGUCUUCUGUCUGCUAGGGCUGGGCGUGCUCUACCAUCUGUACUCCGGCUUCUUGGCCGGCCGCUUCGCCCUCUUCGUGCUGGGGGGAGACCGAGCAGGCGGUCCCGACGCGCCGGGCUCUCAGGCCGUAUGGGGGCACGGUGGACCCUCCGCGAGUUACUGGCCGUAGUCCGUGCUGGCCGCCGUCAGGGGAGCGGAGGAAGUGAAGAGGGUCCGCGAGAGCAAUGCUCUCAACGAGAAGGCCAAAGGGAAAACCCGGGAAGGAGCCGAGGAGAAGAUGACCAGCGGGGAUGUGCUGUCCAACCGCAAAAUGUUCUACCUUCUGAAAACCGCCUUCCCCAAUGUGCAGAUUAAUACUGAAGAACAUGUGGAUGCAGCCGACCAGGAGGCUAUCUUGUGGGAUCACAAUAUCCCUGAAGAUAUCUUGAGGGAGAUAACCAAGCCUAAAGAAGUCCCAGCAGAAAGCGUUACUGUCUGGAUUGAUCCACUUGAUGCUACCCAGGAAUAUACGGAGGAUCUUCGGAAGUAUGUCACUACAAUGGUGUGUGUAGCUGUCAAUGGUAAACCAGUACUGGGAGUAAUACAUAAGCCAUUCUCUGCAUAUACAGCUUGGGCAAUGGUGGAUGGUGGUUCCAAUGUCAAAGCUCGUGCUUCCUACAACGAGAAGACCCCAAGGAUCAUCGUGUCUCGCUCCCAUUCAGGAACAGUUAAACAAGUGGCUCUUCAGACAUUUGGAAACCAGACCACAAUCAUACCUGCAGGUGGUGCAGGUUACAAAGUUUUAUCCCUCUUGGAUGUGCCUGAUGAGAACCAAGAAAAAGCUGAUAUCUAUAUCCACGUGACAUAUAUUAAAAAAUGGGAUAUUUGUGCUGGCAAUGCCCUCCUCAAAGCUCUUGGGGGUCAUAUGACCACCUUGAGUGGUGAAGAGAUAAGUUACACUGGCUCCGAUGGUAAUGAAGGGGGACUCCUAGCCAGCAUCAACAUGAACCAUCAGGCACUGGUCAAAAAACUCCCAGAACUUGAGAAGACAUCACACAAAUGAACAUAAGGUAUACAAGGAAACGCCUCUCCUUCCCAGAGCUGAGAAGGGUCAGCCUGAAGGGCCCUGGGCUACAGACAAUCUGUGGAAGACUCUAUGCAUGAUCAAGGCCAUCCAGUCUUCUUGAGAUGAUGCAAAGCAACAGGGACUCUCCCCACUCCCUUCUCCCUUCCCUUUAUGACACAAGACUGAGGAGGAUGGGUCGCUUUUUAUCUCAUUCACCAUCUUUAUUUUGCAGACUGUUUUCAUACAGUUGUCAUACUUAAGGUGCAUAUACAUAGAUAGUGUGUGGGUUGAAAUCUAGAUCUGAACAGACCAUAUUUGAGUGACUUGUUAUAACAGCAUCAUUGAACUUAUAGUACUUUCACAAAGAAUCAGGCAGAACCAAGGAUUAAUUUUGAAAGUUCAUUUGGCAUUACUUUAUAAUAUAACUUCCUGAAAAUGAGGUCCCAUCAAGGAUUUCUCCCUAGUUCCAAUUGGAUGGAAAGCACAAGGAGCCAAACACCCAACUAUAUGCAAGAAAUAAAUAACUGUAUUUGUCCAUGACAGAAGAACAUUUCUGACUGAUUGAAAAUAACAGAACAGUUUGAUUUUGGGUUUUUUCGAGAACUUUAAAAGUUGGUCAUCCAGGUGGUAGAAAAUACUGAAUUUUUGAUGAUUUGUAAAUCAUGGUAACUAUUAUUUCUGUGUAUUUUAAAAGAAAAUUGUGUUUCUCUACAUAGCUUUAACGUCUUGCUGUUGAUUUUCACUUUCCCUGUGAAAGAUGCAUGACUCACUGGGUGCUCCCCCAACCCCCUUUCCAGUCCUAAUUACUGAUUCCUCUACUUGUACAUUUUAUUCUGGAGUUUUCAGAAUUGGCCAUAGGUAUUUUACUACACCUUUUCACUAUCUAUUUUUAAUGAAAAGACUGUUGUUGGAAUUAGGUUAGAAAGAGGGAUCACAAAAAUAUAAAUGAAUUGUUGGUAAUUGAAAAUUGAUGUUUGAUAGUACCAGAAUUGAGCCACCCCCCUCCCCCAAAUACUCAAUUUAACUGUGAUUUUAAAAACAAAACAUUUUGUCUAGUUUGCAUUUAAAAGAUAUGAUCUUCAUAGUAAGUUCAUCCAGAAGGAGUUAUUGCUGCUUUCACUGUCUGUUUAAGAACUUUUCCCCAGACUACAAUUGCUUUUGGGGGCAUCACAUAAAUUCUCAGCAGGGUAAAACACUGAGGCUUAAUGUUCAUUCUGAUGACAGUUUUCUUCUGAUUAUACUUCAGAAUUUAAUUCAAACAGGAAGGAUGAAACAUUUGCCUUGUGUCCUGUUUUGUUUUGGCUGUAACUAGGGACUGUCUUUGAGUUUUCAUCCAGAAGUCUGGUUUCUCUCUGGGUGAUACUAUUGAUUACAUAUCUGGACACUUAAAGGACACCAACCAAUAUCAUUCUUUUUUAAUCCCUUUUGUGUUCCAUUGUCCUAUGGAACAAUGGCAAAGAAGGGAUUCUAUUGAGAGUUUGGACUAGAUUUAACCUUUUAAACUUAAUUUUGUGUGGUUUUCUUUCAAAAACAUGACAAUGUUUCUAUACCACGAAUAAUAGCAUUUAGCUUUACUAUGGAGGUACAAACUUCUAAACUUCAUCAUCUGGUGAGGGAGGCUUAUUUUAUGUGAUGCAGAUGGUGUAGAGGACACCAUUUCUAGACCCUUCCUCGAGGAAGAUGAGUAAGAGGGCUACAUAAACACGUAAGGUGGGACUUAAGGCUGCUAAUAGGACUCCAUUGAUCAGAGGAUUAAUAGAAUGUGAUAGCCCAGCUAAAAAUGGCAUGCAUAAGAUGUGAGAAUCUGUGAGAAUUCCAUGGUCAGGAGAAAGAUUGGACUCACUAUAAUAAUAAAAGAGCACACCAUGUCAUCAUCCAUAUACUUUCUUUGACCAACUCCUCCACACUGAUAGUAUAGCUGGCAAGAUGGUAGUCCUGGGCUGAGUGGGAAUAUGUGGUCACAAAGAAAGAUUCCUUUUGGCUCAUCUUUAUGAAAUGGGUUGUCUCUGUACCCACAACCAUUUAAUGUUCUUUUGUUGAGCGAUGCAUCUUCUUUUGGCCAUUCUAAUGCUUUAGGGUAUUUGUUAUUUAUGAAGCUAGCUAGGAAUUCUGUAUACAAUGUCGAGAGUUUAAAAUCCUUUGCUAUUUGGUUAGCAUUGUGUUUAAAAAGAAGCUCUUAUUGGCAUUGUAAAAAUGGCUAGGGAGAGAGAUCAUUGCUAACUCAACUAGAAUCCUCUGGCAGCAUAGAUGUAAGUGGCAUUUGUUUUUAUGAAAGGCCUAAUUUGUGCAAACUGCUGUUCUGAGCAUUGAGAGGGAGACAAAGAUAUGUAAGGCAUUGUCUUAACCAGCACAUUUUUUAGCUGGUAUUCACCAGUAAGUCCAUACCAGCAAAAAGUUGAUUUGUACCAGCAAACUUGGUGGAAGUCAUGUAUUUGCCAGUUUAGGACUCUAUACUAAGUGUGUUAGGAGGAGAAAUGCAGCUGAUAGCCUGUCCUUGACUACAUGUGGCAUAUGACUUUAGGGUUUGAAAAUUCCAGUUCAACUUGGACGAGGUCUCUCCCUUGUUAAAAAAUGUAUCUUUUGCACUUCUCCAUGACCACUAAGUCCAUUCAGCAGUGAACAGGCAUUAAUUGGUAGUCAGAUGUGACUUCAUUGAUAUGACAGUGAAUUGUGUAUUUGCUGUUUUGAAUGUUAGGUUGGCAUUGUGCUUUCCCCCGGUAUUGCAUAGUUAAUUAUGAGCCUUAAAAUAAUGUUUUUCUCAUCUUCUCCUAAGAUAAUUUAAAAUAAAUUAUUUUGAAAUGGUCAAAGCUGCUAAUUUUUGUUAUUUUUUAAUUCUUCCUUUAGAAUAUUGGCAAAUAAGUUUUAGGAAAAAAAGUGUUUGUCUUAACUGUAAAUAUCCACAUUAUGUGGAAAUUGGGAAAAUACUUGAAGGAGGGGAGGAAACUGAAUUAGAUUUGGUUUUUAUCUGUAGUAGAUUUUUCCUAUCUAGCAGAAAAAGGCUUCAAAAGAUAAUUUGUUGUUUGUUUUUAAUAGGACUUUGUGAGGUAUCUGUGUUUGUACAAAAUUUUAAGAUAUUGGCUAGCAAUUAAGCAUAUUAUUACUGUAAUUUGUUUGGCACAGUUGAUUGAGACUUGCACAGCUGAUUUCUUUUGGAAGUGCUUAUGCAGCAUAUUAAUUAUUUUUAAAAAGUUUUCUAUUCAUCUCUGAAAGCCAGUAUGUCUUAAUGUAUGAAAAAUGGCUUUAAAUUUUGUUACUUGAUUUGACACAGUAUUUUUACUUUAUUUAAUAAGGAAAUCCAUUUUUCUUUCCUUUCAAUAAGAAGAAAAGUUGUAUCACAUUAAAGGAGCUUACAAUAUAUGGAAGCACAAAAUAUAAUUUCGGUAGACUACAGAAGGGAGGAAUUAUUUCAAAAACAUUCAUGCCUGAUUUGGGGCAAAAGGAGGAAGUUGGCAAAGACUUAGUUCAGCACACCCUGCUGUUAUCCUUUCACUCUACUAUUUUCAGAGAAAGUAUUGCAAAAUGUUUGUUACUUUUUUCUUCUUCAAGAUUUUAGGGUAUUAGAGACAACUGAUAUAUUUUUUUUUUGUUUUGCGGGGCAAUGGGGGUUAAGUGACUUGCCCAGGGUCACACAGCUAGUAAGUGUCAAGUAUCUGAGGCCGGAUUUGAACUCAGGUACUCCUGAAUCCAGGGCCGGUGCUUUAGCCACUGUGCUAUCUAGCCUCCCCCAACUGAUAUAUUUCUUUAUUCCAAACAUUCACUGUUGAAUACUGUGCCAAGUGCCAUGAAUGUCAACAUGAUAUGCCUUUCAGUACCACUGACACAUCUUCCCCUCCCCUUAUAUAUCUUCUCCUAUAACUUGCCCUCCUCUCUCUACUACCCCCUUCUUUCUCCAUCAUUACCCCCCUUCUCUCUCUUGCUGUCUCUAUUUUCUCUUCCUCUAAUAUUGUUCUCUCCAUUAUUGAUUUAUUGCUUCUGAAAUUUGGAGCAAUGUGAUAAAGUUGGACUAGACUAUUGGACCUUUCCAGUUGCUCUAAAUCAAUUCUCUAAUAUAGAUGGAUGGGGCUUUGUUAAAUAAACUACAGAGAGAAGCGAUUCAAGCCUGUCCUGAAAAUUUCCAAAUUAAAUGUGUUUUCACUAGACUCCCUUUGAAGAGAAAAGUAAAAUUCCUAUUCCCUUAAACUUUGUAGUUGCCAGACUUAACCUGAUGCUUCUAUAUCCUUCUGAAAUAUUCCUUCCUCUUUUGCCCACACAUCAAGUAUAACUGUAGGAGAGCAGAAGCUAGAGAGAUAAAAGCCUUUGGGAAAACUGACUUUGGUAAAGCCUAAGCCAUUAGUGUAUCUGUGCCCAAUUUUAUAACAUAGUAGGCCUGCACCAGGUCUAUGUGUACAAUUGUGCCAUGCGUGUUUCUUUUAUUUUAAAAAUUCUACUUUUCUUGAAUGACUUCAAGUUGUAACAAAACGAUGCAGAGACACAUAUGCACACCCACACAUGCCCUUUGAUUCGUAUUGUUCCAGAAUUUCUCCAUGUACCCUCUUUGUAUUUGGGGGGGAAAAGUGAAGGAUAGGGAAGAAGAAAAGAAGACCAUGACAAAGGGAAUCCUUAGAAAAAAGAAGCUCCACCAUAAAGAAGAACUGUGUGUGCAUAGUGUGGAGAGUGGGGAUAGGGAAGGUGAUGUGAGAAAGAAAAGGCUUGCCUUACAAUUAGUAGCAAGAAGGGUUGAAGGCACAAGUGAUCUGUCAGAGCUGUUUCUCAAGGAGCCUUCCUUUUUUGUUUUCUGCACCAUAAGGUAAAUGAAUGUUAAUUGGAGAAAGGUAGAGAGAGGAAGAACUCCAUUAGUUUUCUUCCUUCCUUAGCUCUGGGGCCCACUAUUCUUGUAAUUCCCAAAAGAAUAAUUAAUAUAUGGAAUUUCAAGCCAAGUUGAAAGGAGGAGGAUGUGAUGAAAAAACAGUAGAAAGUAUUAGGAAGUAAAUGCCUAUGUUGAGUGUUUUAUGUUGGAUACUGGCUAAGUCCAGUUGUUUUGACUUUUGAGACAGACUUGCAAUUUGAAAAUUUCUUUUAGUGUAUACCUGAUAACAAAUUUUGGGUCUUCCUAUUAUUUAGCUUAGCAAAUUUGUGCCUUACUGCUACUAGGGCAUUGUGCAUUCAUAGAGGGGGAAGACUUUCUAGUGGGAUGGGGAAAAUAGGUACUUCAUGGAAAAAUCAAUUAUUUCAGUGUUUUUAAUGUUAAUUCUGGGAGAGAAUUCAUUAAGUGAAUAAAUGAUACAAAAUAUUUUUGCAUACUCUACAAGUAUAGUAGACUUUUAUAUGAAACUGGUAUCAGUAUUUGUAAGUCUGAAAUGGUACUUCAUCUUUUGAUUUUUAAUUUAGCUUUAUUGUAACAUUGUAAACCUAUGGAAGGUAGGAUAGACUUUAAAAUUUGACAUUUUGAACAGCCCAAUUUUUAAAUUAAAUACUUUAGCAUGGAGUUAAAAACUAUUGCCCUACUCUCCCUGGAAUCAGUUGUUGCUAUAAAUUAGCCAUUUCUUUUAAAUGCUGUUAUAAAUUAGCUGUAUAUGUAUGUAUCAUAUCAAACUUAUAUUAAUGUUAAAAGUUGCUUGUGUUUGGAUUUGAUUAUUUGUAAAUAAUUUCAUCAAGGGGAUGGGGAGAACUGAAUUUUGUACUUUAAAAAAGUGUUUUGGUUUUAGAGGGUGAUGGUAUGUGAAAGUUUUUUUGUUUUUUUGUUUUUUUUUUUAGGGGAAGAAAAAAAAUCUGGUCAAACCUGGCAGGUAUAUGCAUUUCUAAUUUGCCACUGGUGAAGAUUUAUAAAUAUUAAAACAGUUGACAGGAAAGCUUUUUAGAAGUUGGGUGGUGAAUUAAUCAUGUGUGGGAAAAUGAGAUUUAUAAGUAGUUUUCCAUUUGGGAUGAAAAUCAGAAAUGCAAGCCAAGUUGGCUUCAUGUCUUGUUAGAAGAAAAAGGUGAUGAAUUACAUUAAAACAACUCAUUCUAUAUUGUGUGCUUAGAAGGGUUCCCCAAAGUAUUUGCACCAUAAACGUCAUCUGUGUAACUUGGCAAAACAGAAAUGGGUGUUCAUUUAGCAGUGUUUUCCAUUAAAGUUCUGUGUGUGGUUUGUGUGUAUUGCACACACAGUAAAUUUUCCAUCAGAAGAGAAAUGCUCAACAUAUGUGUUGAUAUUAAGGUGGGGGGUGCAGGAUGAAGUCCACCUGGUUGUAGCUCUAUCAGUCAUUAGGAUGAUCAGGUAAACCUUACAAGAAGAGUUUACUACUUCUCUCUCUAUACCAGCAUACCAGUCAUGCCAGCCUUUAAUGAAAGACAAAAAGGAUCAGGAAGCUUAUUUUGUCUGCAUGGUCAUUAUCCAUCAUUCGCAACAGGGAAGAGUAGAGGGCUUCAGUCUCCUAAUCUCUUGAUAGCCCCUCUCCUAGUCGUCUGCCAUUAUAGAAAAUGAUAUUUCCUGCAGCCUCUGGGUAUCCUUCCUUAGGUAACAGCCCCACACUCAGAAGACUCAGUCCAUACACAAAUGUCUGUACAUCAUUUUAUCUUUUAGCCUUUCUCUCUGGUUUUCCUCAGUCUCCUUUGAAAUCAUGUUCUUUCCUAAACUGCUUUCAGAAGAGUAUUUUAUAUAGUCCACUAUGGAAGAGGCUAUAAAAGGUCUAUACUUUGUAGACCAACUCAUUCAUCUUGCCCAGUGGAAAAGUUAAACAAAUGAAGAUAUGAGAAUAUGGCAAUGGAUGCUAUGAUAUGCUAAUUUCAGAAACUGGCCAUUUAGUUCCCUCUAUCAGUGGCAUGUCCAGCAUGAGGUUUCAAUGCUAGAAUUAGCAUUAUUUCAUGUACUUUACUUUUGCUUGCCUUGUAGAGAUACUUGAUCAUCUAAAAAUUUGCAAAUUAUGUUCUACAGUUUCUCUAAGUCCUGUAAGUUGAUGACUUUGUGUCCUUAAUACUAUUAUUGUUGUUUUUUUUUCUAAGAAAAUUUAAGGAAAUUGCCCUUCUCCCAUCCCACCCCUUCUGAGUAAUGCUCAGUAAUCAGUGAGUGCUAGUAAAUUUGAGAGUCUCAUUUGAAAUGAUCUGUUGUCUGGCCCUAGCAAUUUGUAUGUGACCUGCCUCAGGCUGAUACUUUGCCAAACUAAAUCUAAAUUCUCAAAAUAAACUAUAGUGAUGUCUGAAGA